AUGGCUCCUAACUCCCACCUACCUCCCGUCAUCCUGGGGAUGAAUGUCUUGAAGAACUGCCCUGAUGAGCUAGUGGAAGCCCUUCGUCAGGAGAUGCAGAUAGCAGCCCCAGUGGAGCGGAGAGCCUUGCAGCAGACGGUGCACCUGCUGGAGAUGGAGAAGAAAUUUGCCAACCAUCGAGGGGAGGUGGGGAAGGCCAGAAUCGCCGACCACCGGGCCAUCCUAUUUAGGCCGAACUCCAAACAUGUUAUUUGGUGUUGGGCAAAAAUCGGCCCAGGAGGACGCGAUUAUGAAGCCUUGGUGGAACCCUGUGACUCGGAGGGCCAACAACCCUUUGCGGUGGCGAGAACGCUAGCAAAGGUGAAACACGGAAGAGUGCCAGUGCGCAUAUUGAACCCGCACCCCUAUACUAUCAGACUACACAAGCGCUGCCUGGUGGCGAAAAUAAGCUCAAUCGACUUCCAAGACAUUGUAGGCCAGGAGGUGACCACAGCUGCCCAAGAGACGGCGACCGAGGGGCCGUCGACAAUGGGUCAAGAAACCCCAUGGUGGGCUGAUAUUCAGAUCGGCAGCGCAGAUACCCACGACGAACAAAAAGCGGGAGUAUUACGAGUGGUGCGGCGGAAUGCAGCAGCUUUUAGCCAACACCCUUCGGAUUUUGAAAGAGCCGACAAGGUGUACCACCACAUUCCUACAGGGACGACCCCUCCUAUUAAGGAGAGACACCGACCCCUUCCCCCAGCCUUCUACCAGCCUGUGAGAAAAAUGAUAGCAGAGAUGAAAGACGCAGGAUUUAUCAAAGAAAGUCACAGUCCAUGGGCAGCUCCGCUAGUGAUCGUUAAGAAGAAGGACGGCAGCCUACGCUUCUGUGUUGAUUACCGCAAGCUCAAUGCAGCUACCCAUAAGGACGCCUACCCACUCCCUCGGAUAGAAGAGUCCUUGAUGGCCCUGAAGACUGCCGCAUACUUUUCGACCCUUGACCUCACCAGUGGAUACUGGCAGAUUCAGAUGGCCCCCGAAGACAUGGAAAAAACAGCCUUCACAACACCGAUGGGUCUGUUUGAAUUCGAAAGGAUGCCGUUCGGGCUUUGUAACACGCCCGCCACAUUCCAACGCGUCAUGGAACACUGUCUUGGACAGCACAACUUCGAGAUGGUCUUGCUAUACCUCGAUGACGUAAUAAUUUUCUCGAAGAGUUACGAGGACCACUUGCAACAUCUAGAAGAAGUGUUCCAACAACUGACAAAAUGCGGUCUGAAACUUAAGCCCACGAAAUGCCACCUGCUCAAACCCAAGGUCCAGUACUUGGGCCAUGUCGUCAGCGCGGAAGGCGUGAUGCCCAACCCUGAGAAGGUCCGAGUUGUUCGGGACUGGCCAGUGCCGAAGACCGUUAGGGAUGUACGAAGCUAUCUCGGGUUCGUGGGCUACUACAGACGUUUCGUGGAACACUUUGCCAAGGUGGCAGCUCCGUUGCACGAACUGCUGAGAGGUCAGUUUGGCCGCGAAAGGAGGGGGUCGUCACCAGUGCAGUGGGGCGAAAAACAACAACAGGCCUUCCACCAGUUGAAGACCUCCUUGACGGAAGCCCCGCUAUUGGCUUAUCCCGAUUACGAGCAGCCAUUCCAUGUCUGCACGGAUGCCAGCCAUCGCGGAUUAGGAGCCGUAUUGUCUCAGGUGCAGAAUGGGCGCGAGAGAGUAAUCGCAUAUGCCAGUAGAGGAUUACGCAAGACCGAACGGAAUUGUGAAAAUUACAGUGCUUUCAAAUUGGAACUGCUCGCCCUGGUCUGGGCCGUCACGGAAAAAUUCAAACACUAUCUCGCUGCGACACCAUUUAUCAUCAUGACAGACAACAACCCCUUGGCGCACCUGUCCACUGCCCGACUCGGCGCCCUUGAACAGCGAUGGGUAUCACGGCUCGCCAAUUUCCAAUACACUGUGUCCUACAGGAGUGGGAAGUCCAACGGCAACGCUGAUGCUCUCUCCCGGUUGCCCACCACCGAUCGAUCGGACUUGUCCGAAGCCCCUACUGUAGACUGGGAAGUGAUCCAGCGACAGAAUCCAGUGCUGAAGGAACUCACCGCCCUACUCCGAAAUAACCACCAACUGACCCGGGCACAGCGUGCCGAAGCAGAUCCGGAGCUGGUAAAGCUACUGCGCCACCAGAGACAAUUUCACCUGAAACAGGGCAUCUUAGUACGUACCAGUAUUGACCCCGGUACUCACCAGACUGUGAACCAAGUAGUUGUCCCCAGGAAACAGGCAAAUUUCCUACUUACCGCCUACCACGACAAGUCGGGGCAUUUCGGUACACAAAAAAUGGAAGCCAUCUUGCGUACACGGUACUUCUGGAUAGGUCUGCAUGAUGACGUAGAACGAUGGUGUCAGGACUGUGUCCCCUGCACCCUGAAGAGAUGCCCAGGUGCACAUCAGAAGGACCAUUUGCACCCCAUCAAGAGUCACCGUCCGCUGCAAAUUGUCGCUCUCGACCACGUGAAACUAGAGCCCAGCCCCAGUGGACACAACUAUGCCUUAACCAUGACCAACCACUAUAGCAAGCUCCUUGUGGCGGUCCCUGCGAAAGACUUGACUGCUAAGAUUACGGCCAAACUAUUCUUGAUACACUUCGCCGGACCCUACGGGUACCCUGAGUGCAUACUAACUGACCAAGGGCCUGCCUUUGAGUCGCAGCUAUUCUAUGAACUGUGCUCCUAUUAUGGCUGCCAGAAAGCGAGAACGACAGCAUACCACCCACAGGGGAAUGGGCUGUGCGAAAGAGCUAACCAGACCCUCAUUGGGAUGCUCAGAAGCCUACCAGCUGGAGACCGCGCCCGUUGGCCGACCUUGCUGCCUGAACUCAUCUACCUCUACAAUAAUGCGGAACAUUCCUCCACCGGUUUCACACCAUACUAUCUUAUGUUCGGUCGACAAGGUAAACUGCCUCAAGACCUAGAGCUUGCCCCCACACUAACGUCUCCUGCCACUCCACAAACUGACUGGGUCCAUGAGCACCAGCGGAGAAUUGAAGCGGCCCGAGAGCUGGUGGAGAUGCGGAUGGGAACCGUCCGACAUCGCCAAGAGAAGAAUUACAAUGCAACCGCCCAUCCUACGCUUCUGUACGUGGGCGACCUUGUUUGGAGGAAACGGAACCACUGCACCAGUAAGUUGGACACCAUGUGGGAAAACGCACCAUACAUCGUCGUCAACCUCCCCGGAGGGAGAACGGUGAGGAGAAGAAUAGACGCUGGCCAAGACAUUGUUGAAGAGCGGAUACGGCCGAUUACGAGACCGACAGAGUUUCAGAGACAGGGGGUAACCAUGGCUCAAUCAGGAGCGGCAGACGGCGAAAAGUCGGCGGCUGAGGAAGAACCCCCAUGGUGGGCCGAGAUCCAGAUUGGCGAUGUUGACACCCCCACUGACCAAAGAGAUGGAAUAUUACAGCUGGUGCGACGCAACGUUGCUGCAUUCAGCCAACACCCUUCGGAUUUUGGUCAAGCGGAUGAAGUGUAUCAUCACAUUCCCACCGGGACAACCCCUCCUAUCAAGGAACGCCACCGGCCCCUCCCCCCAACUAUGUACCAGCCAGUGAGGAACAUGAUUGCAGAAAUGAAAGAGGCUGGAGUCAUCCGCGAAAGCCACAGCCCAUGGGCCGCUCCACUGGUGAUAGUGAAGAAGAAGGACGGUAGCCUGCGCUUCUGCGUAGAUUAUCGCAGGCUCAAUGCUGCAACUCACAAGGACGCCUAUCCGCUUCCCCGAAUCGAAGAAUCUCUGACAGCCUUGAAGACGGCGGCGUAUUUCUCCACACUGGACCUCACCAGCGGCUACUGGCAGGUCCAAAUGGCCCCUGAAGACAUUGAGAAGACGGCCUUCACUACGCCAAUGGGCUUAUUCGAAUUCUUAAGGAUGCCAUUUGGACUCUGCAACGCCCCGGCCACCUUCCAACGUGUCAUGGAGCAUUGUCUCGGACACCGCAACUUCGAGAUGGUCCUGCUGUACCUCGACGAUGUGAUAAUCUUCUCCAGAAACUACGAGGACCAUCUGCGACAUUUGGAAGAAGUGUUCCAACAGUUGAUCCACUGCGGCCUGAAGCCUAAACCAAGCAAAUGUCACCUGCUCAAGCCCAAGGUCCAGUAUCUGGGGCAUGUCGUCAGCGCUGAGGGCGUGAUGCCCGAUCCGGAGAAGAUCAGAGUCAUUCAGGACUGGCCAGUCCCCAAGACCGUCAGAGAUGUCCGAAGCUAUUUGGGAUUUGUGGGGUACUAUCGACGCUUCAUUGAACAAUUUGCCGCAGUGGCAGCCCCGUUGCACGAAUUACUCAGAGGCCAAUCGGGUCAUGAGCGAAGAGGGUCGUCCCUGGUAUGUUGGGGAGAGGAACAGCAGCGAGCCUUUCAUCGGUUGAAGACAUCCUUAAUCGAAGCCCCGUUGUUGGCCUAUCCCGAUAAUGAACAACCAUUUCAAGUUUACACAGACACUAGUCACCGGGGUUUAGGGGCCGUACUCUCCCAGGUGCAGGACGGGCGGGAAAGAGUGAUUGCAUACGCCAGCCGGGGCCUCCGCAAGACCGAGCGUAACUGUGAGAAUUACAGCGCAUUUAAGCUAGAGUUACUCGCCCUCAUCUGGGCCGUCACCGAGAAGUUUAAACACUAUCUGGCCGCCACGCCGUUCGUCAUCAUGACGGACAAUAACCCGCUGGCACAUCUGUCCACUGCU